AUGAUUCAGUUUGUGACUUCAGAGUUUGUGGAAGACUACGAGCCCACGAAAGCUGACAGCUACAGGAAGAAGGUGGUUCUGGACGGCGAGGAGGUGCAGAUAGAUAUUCUGGACACGGCCGGUCAGGAGGAUUAUGCAGCUAUCCGGGAUAACUACUUCCGCAGCGGCGAGGGCUUCCUCUGCGUCUUCUCCAUCACAGAAUUAGAGUCUUUUGCAGCGACUGCUGAUUUCAGAGAGCAGAUUCUGCGGGUGAAGGAAGACGAGAACGUCCCCUUCCUGCUGGUGGGGAAUAAGUCGGAUCUGGAGGACAGGAGACAGGUGAGCGCAGACGAGGCCAAAGCCAGAGCGGAUCAGUGGGGCGUGUGCUACGUGGAGACGUCUGCUAAAACCCGCGCCAAUGUAGACAAGGUUUUCUUUGACCUCAUGAGGGAAAUUCGCGCUCGGAAGAUGGAGGAGAGCAAGGAAAAGAACGGAAAGAAGAAGAGAAAAAGUCUGGCCAAACGAAUCCGCGAAAGAUGCUGCAUUUUAUAGUGUCUGCGAUCAUUUACUCUCCUCCUCCUGCAUAUGUAGCUGUAUGUUCUAUAUGUUUGCCAGCUAAUCCUCACCUCGAUGUUUGCUGGUGUUUGUGUGUCAGAUUAGAUGAAGGACAGUCUGAUAGAGUUGAUGCAGUAGAGUCACAUCAGUAAUGUUGUCCAAAAGCACAGGACGCUGCUGGACUUGCGUAUGAAAACUUCCUGUGCAAGACAUAUGAGAGCUUUUUGAUUUUAUUUUGUGUCAGGUUUGUUUAAUGAAUUCUGUUCUCUUUUACUUUUUUUAAUGGCCACGUGUCUACCUGGAUUUAACAUCAGUCUCGGGUGAUCCGAUCUCAAAUAGACAACACUAAAUACAGCUGUUUUGUCCGAUUUUUUUAUGUUUUUGUCUCUUCUG